AUGGCCAGUUUCAUUACAGAUGACGAGUUUCGCUCGCUUCACCAGAAGCUUCGCGCUGCCUUCACCGACAACCGAACUCGAGACGUCCGAUGGCGCAAGUGGCAGUUGAAACAGCUGUUUUGGCUACUUGACGAGAAUGAAGACGCUCUUGUCAAAGCCAUGGCGGACGACCUGCACCGGCACGCCUUCGAGUCACUCUCCUACGACGUCAGCGAUGUGAAGAAUACCAUCCUGACCAUGCUCAAGAACGUGGAUACCUGGUCUCAGGGCGCUCCGCCUCCCGAAGCAGGUCUCUUUUUCCGAUAUGUCGGCAAGGCCUGGAUUCGAAAGGAGCCUAGGGGAGUUGUCCUCAUCAUCGGAGCUUGGAACUACCCUCUCUCAACACUACUCUCCGUGGCAGCCGCAGCCAUUGCAGCAGGAAACAGCGUCAUACUCAAACCGUCGGAAAUCGCUAGACACACUGAGCUACUGCUGAGCGAAUUAGUCCCGACGUACCUCGACUCAUCGGCGAUCGCACUCAUCCGUGCGGAUCCUGCGUCCAUGGGCACCAUUUUAGAAUACAAGUUCGAUUUUAUUUUCUAUACCGGCAGCACGCGCGUCGGUCGCAUCAUCGCCGAAGCCGCUGCGAAGCACAUCACCCCUACAGCUCUCGAGCUCGGCGGACAGGCUCCAGCAAUUGUCACCAAAUCAGCAGAUAUCGAGGUUACCGCGAAGAGGCUGGUGGCUGCCAAACUGACGAAUCUCGGCCAGAUCUGUGUUUGUGUCAACCACGUCUACGUGGAUCCCGAAGUCCAUGACUCGCUCGUCGCGCGUCUGAUCUACUGGACCGAGCGGUUCUCCAAGGGUGACGGGUUGAAUGGUCUUGCGCGGAUGGUCGGUGAACGACAGUAUGACCGACUCCAUAAUCUGCUCGAACACACCCAGGGCAAGAAGGUGUUUGAGGGGCCCCAUUCCCGCAAGGAAAAACUCAUCUUUCCAACAGUCGUCACAGACGUGAAGCUUGAUGACUCGCUUCUUUCAGAAGAGCUAUUUGGCCCCGUCUUGCCGGUCGUGAAAAAGACCGUCCCAGAAGUAUUGGACAUCCUGCGCGGCAGUCCAUAUCCACUGGGUCUGUAUAUUUUCUCGAAUGAUUCCACUGAGAUUGACACCAUCCUCAACUUCACCAACUCUGGCGGCGUAACUAUCAACGACGUUGCUAUCCAUGCGGACGUCCCGUCUGCGCCUUUCGGUGGCGUCGGCGACUCCGGCUACGGCGCUUACCAUGGAAAAUGGGGAUUUGAUACCUUUAGUCACAACCGCACUGUCGUCCGAGUGCCUACCUGGAUUGACCGCUUUGUACAGUGGCGAUACCCGCCGUUCGAUAUUAAGAACCGGUCAGAGACUGAUGCGCCUCGGCUUAGAUUCAAGAAGGGGGAGACACUAGAGGAUCAGGGGGGAUCAGGGAUGGGGUGCGUCGUGAUGUAG